AGAGCGAGCUGCAGAUUAAGACGUGUUUUUUUCCUGUGUAAGCCUGCACUGCUGCAGCCCAUCUAUCCGCGUAGUCAGUCCAAGAAACAGAGGCAGCGACGGGGUCACUUUUUUUCCCCCGAGCGCGUCUAACGCACCGCAUCUCCGCGCCGCGUCUCACCGAUGCACAGCAGCCGGGUGAAGACAUGUUUCAGGAGAUAAGAAUCCCUCUCUGAUUUGGAUUAGUCUGUCUGGGAGUCACCGUGAAGUCUGCUGGAAAUGAACACUGAAGGUGCGUGUCGGUCUCAGAGCAUUCAUGAUACGAGUCGGCGCUUCUCCUCCUUCCCCAUCCACAUGAGAAGUUUGACCGGAGCUGGCUGAAGGGAGGCUACCUGUGAUUCCCAUUGGCUGGUAAAUCUUUGGAGCUCAAGCAACUGGACGACUGUUUCACAGGACACUGUGGGUUGCAUGCAUCAGUGCCAAGAAAUUGCAUUACGUGGGAGACUUCUGCUAAGGAGACACAGAGACGUUUCUGGAGGAUGGAGGUGGGAGCUGAGCAAGGACGUGCACAGAGGAACGGACGCAGUGACGCCGUGGCCAGAGAACCGCGCCCCUCUCCCUGCACCAGCCUGAAGAUGUUUCUGGUGGCUUUGUCCUUUGCCUAUUUUGCAAAGGCUCUGUCAGGGAGCUACAUGAAAAGCACAAUAACUCAGCUGGAGAGGCGCUUUGACAUCCCCAGUUACCUAAUAGGUGUCAUUGACGGAAGCUUCGAGAUAGGUAACCUGUUGGUGAUAGCUUUCGUCAGUUACUUUGGAGCCAAGCUCCAUCGGCCAAAGAUCAUCGCAGUGGGUUGUGUACUGAUGUCCAUUGGCACCUUCAUCAUCGCUCUGCCUCACUUCAUCAUAGGACGCUAUGAAUUCGAAACGUCGGUGCGGUGGGUAGUGAACUCAACACUUAACCCUUCUCCUUGUCCAGUGGGCUCACCAGCAGACCUGACCCAAGAUGGUAAAAUGCCUCAAGUGCCAGCCAAAGGUUGUGAAGGCGAGUCCAACCUGUCGAUGUGGAUCUAUGUACUCCUGGGAAAUGUCUUGCGAGGGAUCGGAGAGACGCCUGUUCAGCCACUUGGGAUCUCUUAUAUAGAUGAUUUUGCUACUGAGGAGAAUGCAGCACUAUAUGUUGGCUGUGUGCAGACCAUUUCAGUAGUGGGACCCGUGUUUGGCUACCUGUUAGGCUCCCUCUGUGCCAAAAUAUAUGUGGACAUUGGAUUCGUUAAAAUGGAGACCAUCACCAUCACCCCAGCAGAUGCGCGUUGGGUGGGGGCUUGGUGGCUUGGCUACCUCAUCGCUGGGGUCAUCACCCUGCUCUCUGCCAUCCCAUUCUGGUUUCUGCCCCGCUCCCUGCCCUUAUCUGGGCCCCAGGGCCCAGAAAAGUGCACACCAGAGCAGACAAGUUUCAUUAAAGAUCCUUCUCAUCUGAAGCACAAGUAUCCUGCAGACGAAAACACGACUUUCAUAGAGAUGGCCAAAGACUUUAUUCCAACCCUGCGGACUCUGCUGGGACACCCUGUGUAUCUGAUCUAUCUGUGUGUGACAAUCAUCCAGCUGAACUCUCUUAUCGGCAUGGUCACCUACAAGCCCAAGUACAUCGAGCAGCACUUCAGACAGUCUGCCUCAAAGGCCAAUUUUCUCAUGGGUGUGAUCAAUAUCCCAGCUGUGGCACUGGGGAUGUUUUCUGGAGGUCUGCUGAUGAAGAGGCUAAAGCUGAACAUCAUGGGAGCAGCUCGGUUUGCCUUCGGCACAUCUUUGAUCGGUUACAUCCUGUCGCUGUUCUUCUUCGCAAUGAGCUGUGAGAAUGCCAGGGUAGCUGGUGUGACACUGUCAUACAACAGCAUGGAUACGAUAUCUUAUGAUAAACACUCAGUGUUCACAGCCUGCAACUCAGACUGUUUUUGUUCAGCGAGUGACUGGGAUCCAGUCUGUGGAGAGAAUGGCAUCACAUAUGUCUCUCCCUGUCUCGCUGGCUGCACCAGCUCUGCUGGCUCAGGGAAAAACACAGUCUUCUCUAAUUGUAGCUGUGUCGGUGUGGCUGGUAACUUUACGGCCAGUACAGGUCAGUGCCCUCACAAGGACGACUGUGACAGGAUGUUCCCGUACUUCCUGGCUCUCUCGGUCAUCACUUCCUUCAUCAUCUCCCUUGGGGGCACACCGGGCUACAUGUUUCUAAUCAGGUGCAUCAAACCACAACUGAAAUCUCUGGCGUUGGGUUUCCAUGCUCUAGCAACACGUACCCUUGCCGGGAUCCCAGCACCCAUCUACUUUGGAGCAAUCAUUGACACCACAUGUCUAAAAUGGGGCCAGAAGAGGUGUGGAGGCAUAGGAGCCUGUAGAAUCUACAACACGACUGCAUACAGGAUAGCAUACCUGGGUCUGACACUGAGCCUGCGGACCAUCUCGUUUAUCAUUUGCAUCCCGGGCUUCAUCCUGCUUGGUCGACAGCUGAGGAAGGAGGAAAGAAAUGCCAUCCACGGAGCUCUGGCCAACGGCGGCACAGAGCUGGAGGCACUCAGGAAGGAAGAGUUUGUGAUUUCUAAUUCUGACCAAUCACAACAAACGCAAGACAACAGCACAGACAGGGAGACACGGCUGUGACAGAUCCAGAAGAACUGACCCCCUCUUGUCUCCUUCACACACACACACAUACACACCACAGGUGAACAAAUACACCCUCAGUAUGAACACAGUGAUACUGUACACGCACACACUCAAAUGAGAUUUGCAGGGAAUCACGUAUCUGAUCAUCUCAUACAAAGCAUAAAUUCUAUAUUUGUACUACUGGACCUGGGAGACUUUGUGAAUUUGACAGGAAAUUUGAUAUAACUGAAAUAUUUCUUGAAUGUAUAUGCUGUUUUUUUUUCUUAAAAAGAAAAGUUUAACAAUAUUUUUCUGGUUUUAAUGGAGGCACAAGAGAUAAGACGAGAUGUUACUACUACAAAAGCAGUAUCAUUCUGAAAACCAGCACUUAUAAAGCUGCCUCUUUGGAUUUUUCUUUGUCUUGUUGACAUCACUGUUCCUGAACAGAGGAAGUGGCCUUAUAACCCAGAGGCAUGGCGCUAAAUUUAAACAAAAUAACUGUUUAAAGAUUUGGCCUUCAAGCAGACAGGAAGUAAUGGUUUAUUUUGUUUCAUCAGAAUUUUAAAUAGAAAAGAUAACAGUAACUUUCAGAGGGGUUGGCAGUUGCCGAUUUGACAAAUGUGCCUCAUUCACUCAACAGUUACCUCUAAAUCAUGCGUCUCACAGUUUGAGCAGAUAUCUAAACACUGUUUUAUUUGACUUUUACACUCACUUUAGAAAAAAGAUUCAUGUCUGACUGACUAUAACACUUUUGUCUUUUACUUUAAGCCCAAAGUCAGGUUUGAUUGUACUGAAGUCUGCGUUGUGCGCUUUCUGGACGUGAACUUGUUCCUUUGGUACUCGUACUCACUAAAAGCGGAAACUGUAUUUUAGUGAGAUUUGUAUACCUGUUUGUCUAGUGGAGACUGCUUCAUAGUUUUAUACUUUCAACCAGCACUAGCCCAAGUUAAUUCAUUUAAAUGUGGUAUUAAUGAAGAAAAAAUACAUAUCUGGCUUCGCCUCAGCAGGUGGUAUUGAGCAGCCAUUUUGUUGGAACAGAUGGCUGAGGUGAACACUUGCUCUUGUGUCUGCCACCUGUAAAAGGCAGAUUUAGUACUACUGCAACACUGAUAAAAAGAUACUGUGUGCUGUUCCAGUCUUUAGGCAAAUGACUCCACUGUGUGUGUGACAUGUCACCACAGGAAAUGUUACUGAUAUGUAUAAGCUCUGCUUCCAUGUCUGCAGCCGUUGCUCUACAUAUUAUUUCACUUAUUUUUUUAGUUUAUGUUGGGGGUUUUUCUUUGUGUAUUUUUGCGUGUGCAAGAACUCCUGUGCCAAAACCCACAGACAGACAGACAGACAGACAGACAGAUCAUGGUCUAAACUCAGGUUUUUCCUAUACUCAUAAACCACUCCAUCCCAUAAUCACAACCCAUUUCCUUGAAAUCCGUCAAGAAUAAUUUCUAAAAUAAAAUUAAUCGACUAGCUACUGUAUCUCAAGGCAAUUUGUUUUUAAAGAGUAUUACUUUUGUGUUUGUAAAUGUAUAGCAUAUUAUCAUUUUGUAAGCCUUCAUUUCCAAAAUGGACGCAUACCAUUUUGCUAACUUACACUAAGUGGUGACUGAAUCAUCUUUGCAAUUCAGGUUUAGUUUCAGGCACAGGCGGCCACAACUGCAGACUCAGAGGAGCAGCGAGAGGCGUAGAGGAAGCAAGUCAUUAUCUCAGUAAUGUAAGGCAUUUACUUGCAUUAAAGAAAUCAGAAUGUAAAUAAUUUUCUUGGAUUAUUUUUGUAAAAUUUGAAAGAAUAUCUUAAAUGUUACACUAAAAUAAAACUUUUAAUAUCCAAUGAAAUGUGUUGGUGUUGUUGAUUUAAAAACAAGGCACGGCAAAAAGAAUUGUAUCUGUAUUUAUUUCACAAAAAUGUACUACAUCCACCGACAAGGCACUUUCAUCUGACUCCUGUCUUCAACAGAAAUGUCAGAGCACAACUUAAGGGCAUCUUUGCAAUUUUACGACCUGAAUAAAAACUGUGGUGAACCCAAUAACCUGCUUAUUUAUCGUAAAACAACUGGGGGACAUUGAAGCAUUUGGCGAUUACAGUCUCAGCUCCUCUUUAACAGUGACAGGUCCCAGGAUCGGGGGAGUAAAAAACCAUACAGCCUCCUUUCAUGACACAUAUAGUGCAACUCUCACACUAUCCCAAAAAUGAAUGCUUGAAACGCGCAGUGCAGAAAAUAUACAACAAUUUGAGCUGUCUGUGGUAACCGUUGUACCUUUGACUAGGAUUAAAUCUAUCAUAUUUUAAAGCUUAAACAAGAUCCUAAGAGGUUUAAUCCAAUUUUUCUACCCCUACAAAUAUUUACUUUUACUUGUAUCCAUAGAUCUACUAUGUCAAAUUUUCUUGAACAUUUACAAGUUCAAAUUACAGAGGAAAAGAAAAGAAAAAACAUGAAAACUGGAAAUUAGAAAUCUCUAACCAUUAUCAUUCACCACAACUACUCAGGUUAAAUAAAAA